AUGAAGCGCGGCCGCCCGUCCACGACGACGUCGACAACACUUGCGCUUGCCCCUGUGAGCAAGCGGAGCAAGGGCUUGUCGUCCGGAGAGGGCUCGACAGCACUGGCGACGACGGUGGAGCGGACGUCGUCGCUGGCGGCUGCCAACCUGGUCCUCUCGGGCCAUGACGACGAGGUCACCUGCGUGGCCUUUGCCGGCAACGGACGGACACUGUACUCGGGAUCAAAGGACCGCUCGGUCAUUGUCUGGCCUGUCUACUCGGACACCAUCUGCUCCAUCGGUCAUCUCCGUGGCCACUCGUCGGCCGUCACGGGCCUCGCCUGCCCCUCCUCUACUGCUGCCGCUGGCUUUGAUCUGGCUACCUGCUCUGCAGAUGGCUCGCUGCGGACGUGGGAUGUGGCGAGUGAGACGUGCGAGGUCAUUGCUCGUCUUGACGACAUUGUUAACGAUGUGGCGGUUCUGGACAACUCCUCGCUCCUGGCCGUCGUCACCGACGGCGGCGUGCUCACUGUCCGCGAUGCACGCUCGCGCGCUGCCGUCUUCUCAGUCUCGCUCUCAUCGCCGCUGACUGCCACGGCGCUUGCCAACGAGGCUGAUGGCCCCGCCGUGUACGCUGCCGGCAUCGACGGCGUCGUCCGCAAGUACUCGCUGGCGGCGACCUCCGACGCCGCGCCUGUGCCGCUGCUGGAGCUUGCGCCGCGCGUCCGCGCUCCGCCGCCGCUCUCGGCCUUGGCUCUAGCACCCUCGGGUGACGCCCUCCUCACCCGCGACCUCGACGGCCUUGUCCGCGUCUGGGACAUCCGGCCCUUUGCCCCGCCCAUCCGCGAGCUGCGCGGCUUCACCGGCCCUCACGGGCCCGAGGCCAACCCCGAGAUGCGACCGCUCCCGCUCGCCCUCGCGCCCAACGCCUGGCUCGACGCCGCCACCCGCGCCACCCACGCCACCCUUGCUCUCGGCGGCUCGCUCCACGGCUCGCUCUACGCCUGGCACUCGGGCUCUGGCGAGCCUAUUUACGAGCUUCCUGGCCACACUGGCCCGCCCAUCAUCGCCACUGGCGCUGCCGACAACACCAUUGUCCUCGGCGAGAUCGACGCCUCUGUCUUGUAA